GUAGGUGUCACUCACUUAGCGGCUGUGCAGCACCUAGGUAAGGUACUGCGGUAACGCGCCGACAGAAGGAAACGGACAGCGCGCUGGCUGCCUCGACAAUGUGAACGUAUUGCACCUGCCAGGGAUGAAGCGAAGCAGAGCUUUGUCGUUUGAAGUCUUGCUAUUGAAAAUGCAAGAAGAAAAGAUGAGAAAAUACUCGUCAAUUCAGAAGACUGAUUAUUAAACGAAGAAAACGUUAUAUUUUUGUGCUCUUCCUUUCUUCGCUCUUUCUCGUCUCUGUUGUGCCCUGCGUAGCAGAAGCUCAACGGCUCGGAGAAUAUGCUCGUCUCGUCAGGGCGACUGGCCGGGGUGCAGCCCAUUGCAGGCGGUGUACUCGCUUUUGCAGCUCCUGGAUUGGGGUCACGGGCACUCCGGUAGCUCGAGGUGGUGGUAUCAUUAACGAAAGAGGAAGCUGAUCUGCGAUAACGUGGACCAGGGGAGGAUGCAAGGGGUGACGGUGACGGGCGAAGCGCCCAUGCUAAAUCAAGAAAGGAGAGAAGAGCAAAGGCCCCUGAAGCAGUCCCUUAGUGGUUCCCUGUGCAGAGAGUCCCAUUGGAAAUGCCUUGUUCUAACACUUCUGAUGUAUGGCUGCUUCGGAGUACUGGCUUGGUGCAGCCUCUACAAAAUCACCAUCUUGACGCUGGAUACAAAUUAUUUUGGAAUAUCUCGUAUCUACCAUGACAGUCCUUGUUCCAACGGUUACAUUUACAUACCCCUGGCCUUUCUUACCAUGCUGUAUGUGGUCUACUUGGUGGAGUGUUGGCACUGCUAUUCCAAAAACAUGACCCAGCACAAGGUGGAAAUUAGUACUGUAUAUGAACGCAUCCAACGAAUGCAGCAGUCUACUCCAUGCAUUUGGUGGAAAGCUAUUAGCUACCACUAUAUUAGGAGGACACGGCAGGUAACACGCUACAGGAAUGGUGAUGCAUAUACAACUACUCAGGUGUAUCACGAACGGGUUAACACUCACAUGUCCAGUUCAGAAUUUGAUUAUUCCCGUCAUGGAGUGAAAGAUGUCUCUAAGGAGCUCCUUGGCCUUUCAGAUUACCCUGCCACCAAACUUCGCUUUACUAAAUGCUUCAGCUUUGCUAAUUCAGAAGCUGAAACAUCAUACCUAACCCAGCGAGCACGAUUUUUUAGUGAAAAUGAAGGUUUGGAUGAUUACAUGGAGGCCAGGGAAGGGAUGCAUCUAAAAAAUGUGGAUUUUAAAGAGCAUAUGAUUGCCUUUCCUGAUCCAAGCCAUCCUCCCUGGUAUACCAGGAGAUACAUAUUUUGGUUAGCAUCUCUCUUCAUGCUUUCAUGGCCGCUGAGGGUCAUUGCAGAAUACCGUACAGCAUAUGUUCAUUAUCAUGUAGAGAAACUCUUUGGUUUAGAUGAGGGAGUACUCACUCCAGAAGAUACCGGAUAUAGCCGGAGAAUCUCAAGGGUUAACACUAUUGAUAUGACUGAACUGGAAUGGCAUAUUAGGUCUAAUCAACAGAUGGUUCCAAGUUACUCUGAAGCCUUGUUAAUGGAUAGUACGGUAGCCAAUGCUGGAUAUGCCGCCUACAUGCAGAACUGCCAGAGAUGCCGUCGAACAGUCAGCAGCUCUUCCCUUCCCUCCCGUUGUGCUCGAAGUGGCAAUUCCAGACUUCCUUUUAGUAGGAGUAGGUUCUCACUUGGACGUAUGCAGCCAUCUCGUCGUUCCUGCUUGUUUCGUAGCCUCAGUGGACGUGUAGAUGAAAGAAGCUUGUCAGAUGAGGCUGGAAUGCUGGAAGAGCCACCUUCAUAUCAGGAUGCCCUUUACUUCCCUGUUCUAAUAGUUCACGGGGAGGAAAACUGUAAUCGCAAUGGAGUGUUUCAACAAAGCAGACCCCCACUAUGAUCUUGUUUGGGUUUUGCAAGGAGGUUCUUAAAGCCACCAAGGACACAAUCAUGUAAAUAGCAGAGAUUGCAAGAUAAUGCUCUCUUUUUUCUACCUUUUUUUUUCUUCCUUCGUGAUACAAUGGUAGCAGACUUUGGCUGCAAAAUACCCAGUAUUUUUAAUACUGGAAUGGACACCACUAGGCCUUGUUUGGUGCAUGAACUGCAACAUUGAAAAAUCCCAUGGGAUUUUAAAUAAGAGCACAGAUAUAAAUUGCAGGCAGAUGCUCAGAGUACAUAAUCAAGGAGGCUUUUACUGAAUUAAACACAAAUUCUAAAUUGCUCUUAAUGCUUUCACAUUGUGUAGCAGUGCUCUUGUUUGUAUGUAUAUGUGUACAUACACUCACAGACACAUACACACACUUUUCCUUGCUGUUAUCAUUCAUUCCUUUGCUAAUCAAAUAUCACCUUUGGAAAAUAAACACCAAAAAGUCCUGAGGCAUUUUCUUCCAUCACAUAAUGAAUAUAUGGUGUUCAUGUAAUAGUUCAUCAGACAGCUUGGAGAUGGAAAGCUUUCAAAGUGUUCUUCUUGAGGUUUUGAAGCUAAUUAUCAUAUUUCAUGGCCUCUGAGACAUAGUUGUUUCUUCUGAGAAAUUUUAAAGGGCUUAAACUUUAAAAAUAAAUACAUCUGAAAAAUCUUAGAUACAGCAAAGAGAAAAGGAAAGUAAAAAAGGAAAGUCAAAGCUAUCAUUUUUGAGCAUCUUCUCUUCUGAAGAACAUGCAGUUUUACAUUGAUGAUCACAUUAUGAUGUGGAAAACAAUAUGGAUGCCUUACUCUACAUUGUAGCUGAUAAGUAACACAUAAACUAAAAUGUCAAACCAACACAAAGCAGAAAGUCUAAUUUUGUGCAAGUAUCAUUCCAAUGAGGUGUCAUUUUUCAAAUAUAUUUCUUAUUUCAUUUUUAGAAUUAGAAACUGUAAAGUUAACUUGAAAAAUGUCCACAGUAAUUAUUUUAUGUAUAUGUAGAGUUGUUUACCCUACUGACCACUGGCAGAACUGAAACCACUGAAUGUACACUUGAAGUUCUGUAGAAUGUCGACUUUGCUCAUCAUUUGUUCUGUGAUAGUCGUGCUGUAAAGGUAACUAUCCAGCUUCAAGCUUACAGUUUUUUUUUAUUCACCAAGAAUGUAACAAGAGGCUGCCCAGUAUGGUAAGUUGACAGAUUGUUUUGUUUUGACAGUCAUAUUGAAAUGUAGGGUGAUAAUAUAAAAAAUGAAUGCUUAACAUUUUUUGCAAGAUUAAAAAAUGUAUUAUGCUUAUUUUUUUAUCUUACCUUCUUAAUUAGGGGAAAAACAUGUGGAACAUUAGCUUGUGAUCUGAGUAAAGAUGGUCAUGGUUAAGGUGCCUUGUAUAUUUUAAAUUUGCAAGCGUAGGACAAAUGGUGUAUUCAUCUAAGUAAACUGAUUGUAUGUGUCAAGGUAUGUAUCUUUGCUUGAUUUGAAAUGGCCGGAGAAGUGAUAUACAUAAAACUUCAUGGAACUACAGAAUGUUAGAGAAAAUGUAUUGGAAGUACAAGUAUAAUUUUCAUACCCUUUACAGGGCAGGGUGAGACAAUCUAUUCUUCAAGCAAAUAGGUUACAUCUAGUAUCAAUUCACAUGCGACACUUCAUCAAAUCUUAAUUUUGCAUCAACUUCUGGACGUCUGUUAUUCUUGCCUUUUUAUCUAAACAUUCUGCUAACCAGUCAAAGCACCAAAAGAGGCUUCAAACCAUCUACUGAUGUUGCUCCAUCUACUGAAUAUAUAGUUAAUACAAGCUCAUUGAUGGUGCGUUGUUUACAUUUUUUCUGCAGUAUUUAUGUUUAUGCUCCAUCUGGCAUAGUCUUUGUAAUUUCUGUGGCACAGUACAUCAAACACAGCAUAGUAAUCAUUAUUGUUUAAAUCAGUCAGGUACAUAAAUCACUAGAACUUUUUGCUCAUCUUUUCAGUUUUAAUUUUUGUUUAAUAAUUAAGUUACUCUUAUGCAGUUUCUCAAUGGAAGAUAAUUUCACUUCCAAUACAUAUAUUAUCAAGAUGGAAAAAACAUAAAACCAAAUGGCCAUUAGUAUGUUUGCAUUUUUACAGUAAUUGUAUCAUCUUAAACCACUUUUUCCCAACUACAGUCUUCUAAACCCACCAGCAAUUUAAGAUUGUAAAUUUUUAUUUAGAAUAUAUUUUACCUCUUUUGAAAAAAAGUGACAAGGUUGUACAGUUCAGUCUGAACAUAAUUCAGGAGAUUUAAACAUAUAGUACUUAAUUUCAGCUUUGCCUUAAGGAGUGCUCUUGGGA